CUACUGAUAAUAUUAAACAAUGUCACUUAGACGCCAUGCGCUGGCGCUAUGUUGUGGCGCGAUUGGUUUGGCACUAGGCCUCCUUAUCGCGCCAUCGAAAUUGCAAGUACCGGCUGCCACAGAAAAUGUUGCUGCAUCACAAGAAUUGUUCUGCAAGGAGCUGUACCCGCUGGUCACACCCAACAUGAAUAGAACUCUCUUUCCGAAAACCGACCAGCCGAUCUACGUGUAUAACAACGGUGAUGGUGUUAGCUCCUGGAUCCUGCAAGGACAAGAGCACGAGCCUCACGAGCUCAGCGAGAUUCUUGGCGCCAUGAGUCGCUCCAAGUCCCGGAGCCCCCUCUACGUGGACGUGGGCGCCAACGUCGGCUCUCUGUGCCUCCGGGUUGCAGCUAACGGGUAUCGUGUAGUGGCGUUUGAGGGCAUGGCGGCAAACCUGCUUCUGCUGCGGAACUCCAUCUGUGCGGCACCUGGUGUCGCUGACCGGCUCCACCUGUACCCCUUUGGUCUUUCGGACGCGGAGUCAACGUGCCCCAUCUACUCUCAGCCGACGAACGUGGGAGAUGGAAUUGUGGCCUGCACCAAGGCGGAGCAAACCAAGCUCCUGUCUGAGGGCUGCCAGCAGCGUGGAGAGCUGCGGCUUAAGCGGCUGGAUGCAGUCAUAAACGAGCCAAUUGAGGUGUUAAAGGUGGAUGUGGAGGGUUUUGAGGCGUUUGUGCUGAGUGGGGCGAAGGGUCUGUUGAGGCGGCGGGCCGUACGGCACCUCAUGGUGGAGUUCUGGGAACGGACUUCUCCCAAGGUGGUUGCUGAGUUAAAGGAGCUCGGCUUCGAGCUCAGCUUGCAGGGCUUCUCAGGGCCGUGGGCUACACUCGCUGAGAUUCAGAAGAAGAUAGCGGCGGACAAGAUUGUGAACGUCUACUGCAGGCUGGACAAGUAGCUUUUGUGCUUGGUGGUUCUGAUGCGUGCUGCUGCGUUGGCCCCAGGUCGGGCAAAUGAUGACCUUUUAUGCGGGACAGGCGCCUUGGGGGUGGGGCAAGACACGGGGGCAAGAGGUUCCCGCACUCUGAUGACAAGGGGCAGGGUGACGAAGACCCGAGUGCGAGCAAGGGUUGCAUGCGCCGUGUGUGCAGCUAAGCCAAAACAUUUCCCCGGCCCCAGACUACUUU